AUGCGGUUUAUGGGCAUUGAGCAGGGUUCGCGUUCUGUACGCGAGUAUGAUGAGGAGUUCAGCCGUCUGUUAGUGCAUGCGGGCUUUGGUAUGGAGGCUGAGCAUCAGUUGACGAACAGAUUUCUGGAGGGACUUCGCAAGGAUAUUCGGACUCUAUGCAGGAGUAGUACGCACACUUCGAGGGCGAGUCUGGUAGAGUUGGCCGCGUCGGUCGAGGCGGAUCUUGGUGGGCCAGUUGGUCCGGUGGCUGUGCCGUCAGCAGUUGCUUCUGCUACCCAGCCUCGGGGUCAGCAUCAGCAGCCGCGACAGCAGCAGCAGCAGCAGCGCAGAGGUGGUUCGAGUUUCAGUUCUGGUUCUGGCAGGGGCGGUUUGCCUGCGCAGGGUCAGAAGAGGAGUAGAGAGGAGUUUUCUGGUGCUAGUCAGUUUCCUCGUGGUUCGUGUUUUGGGUUGUGGGAGCACGGAGCAUCGUGUUUCGAGUUGUCCCAAGAGGGACUCAGCACCGAGGGUGUGCUACUACUGCAAGGAGCCUGGGCAUAUCAAGCCCAUGUGUCCUAA